UACAAAUUAACAGACUACAUUGUCCAAAAAGCACCGGGACAGCACAGUUUCUUACAACACAGAACCGACGCUUUAACUGCAAGCAAAGCAAAAACAACGUUUGUUUUGUGUAUUUCAGAUGCGUUGCGUUUUUAUCGAACUGAUAUUUUCAUUAAAACGACUGUCUCUCUUCUAGGCAGUAAGGUGAAGAUGGACCCAGCACACGAGGCGAGAACAAUCGUCGUUUCAGGCGUUCCGCAAAAGGAGCUUGAUUGCAGGAGAAUGGCAGACAAGCUUGUGAUUCACUUUCAGAAAGCUAAAAGCGCUGGGGGGGACGUGGAGAAAAUCAAGUACCCAACAAGAAUCAAAGGUGUUGCUUAUAUUACAUUUGAGGAGAAGGAAGUUGCAGACCGGGUGCUUACAGUGGAACAGCUUCUUGCAGACAAGGAAUUAGAAAGGGAAUACCCUUUAACUGUUUAUAGGUUCAGUCAAGAGGUGUUCUGCUAUGCACACGCAGAAGUUGACUUAUCACUUUUCAGUGCGGAUGAGAAGCUGGUGAAGGGACUUCGGACCAGGAACAGAGCAGUGAGAAUCUCGCCUUUGCAGGCUAACCAGAGAGUUCAAGUGGAGGGGCCAUUCACAGCAAUCAAGAAGCUGAGAGAAGAUCUACUGCAGUUGCUUGAAACUUCACAGAGAGAGAAAAGUGUGACGGCUAGGGAGCGACAGAGCAGCAGAGUAGUGACCCCAGAGCAGGGUGCAGCACCCUUCAGUUCUGAGGCAGAUGCUUCCAGCGCAGAAGCGUGUCUCAUCUGGUUGGACACUAAUGUGUUUCGGUACAUACAACAUGUUCGUAAAGAUGACUUUGAUUGGAUUUUAAAGAAACAUGAUGUGCAGGCAACAACACAUGUGGGGGGUGAGCUUACUGGAGUAACACUGAAAAAGAGGUACCAAGGUCUGUGGCAGCUGGAAGCAGCAAAGUUAGAAAUAGAGCAAUGGGUGAGCAAUGUGCAGUCACAUUUACGCAUUGAAACAAUUAAUUAUGAAAAAGACUUUGAAGAAGAUAAAUUCUUACAGGCAUGCAAAGAUGUAAGCUGUGGUUUUCCUGGGGUCCUGUUUACCCCAGUGGAAGGCCAUAUUGACAUAAUUGGCAAUUCGUCAGACUGCUACCUGUUCUGUCAGCUUGUUAAAAUCCAGAUGAAGUCUUCCCUGCAUGAUAAGGACAGCUGGUUAAGCACUAGUCCUGGUCCUACAGACAUGUCCUAUUACAGCACAGGCAGAACCGGUGAACCAAACUCCCUCCCUAUGACUAGUAAUUCAGAUAUGCACAGAAUGCCAGGAAAUAUGCUAUACAGCAGCAUGCAUUGUGACAACUGGUCUGAGAGAUAAGAAAAACCGAAAGUCUGUGUACACAGCUGUAGAAUAAGUUUUGAAAUCCUUUUCAGUAUGUCAAGUUCAGUGAAACACACCUUUCAUUAAAUUUCUAAGCAAAUUGCUCAAAUGCUCUUCAGUUGUACUCGAGUAUUAUUUACAUCUAUUGUAGGACAAAUGCACAACCUUUCAGACUAGUGGACUGGAGCAGUGCAAGCUUACCCUUUCUGACUGCAGUGUGUAUACAGUAAUGACAAAUGUUAACAUACACUCAAAAGUGUAGUGUAUAUCCUGAUCUAGUUCAGUGUUGAUUAUUUCAUGAAGAGGACCUGUUUGAAAUACUGUAUUGUUUAAUGUGUAGUUUUAUGUUACCUCAAGCAUGGUGCCGAACCUGUUAGAUUAGUCCAGCUUGAUUCUGUUUUUCCUUUCAGUCAUUGCUGGUUAAAUGCCAGGUGGUUUCCUUGUUCGUAAAUUGUACGUCAUUUGCUCUUAACUUCAAAGGUCAUCAGGUAAUCUGUUUAUUAACACAACUUUAUAAAACCGUAUUCAAUGUGACUGUUGUAUUUAAACUACAUUAAAAUGUCCUAUUAAUGCAAGUGGAUUAAUAGUGCUCCUGGGUUGAAAGUUGUUACUGUCAUGGAAACAUAGGUGUAUUUGUAAGAAGAUCAAAACCAUCAGUUACUUGGCUAUUAUUUGUUUCCCAGUAGCAAAGGAGUCUGUUGUUUUAAUGUACUGAAUCACAUAUAUCAGAUUUUAAGUCAUGUUGUGGAAGAAUUAUAUUCCACACCAGGUGUAGUGGAUGUUCCCGUAAUUUUUUGUUUAUUUAGCAAGUGCUUUAUCCAUGGCAACUUACAGAGACAAGGGUAUGUGAA